AUGAACUCGUGGGAAGCAUGUGCGCUGCAGUACAACUAUCCUGGUGAGAGCGGCGCCAUAGAGCAACAAAGAGCAACGAUGCGAGCCCAAUCGACCACUUUUGACUCCAUCAUCUAUCCCGGGCUGUACGCGCCAAGCGGAUUCGACAUGAUGAGCAUCCUCAUUCGUAUUGCGACUCGCCCAAACCCUCUUGUCCAUGUUGGGGCUAUCGACUCGUCGUGUGCCCUCAUCCUCUGCGAUCUGCAGCAACCGGAUCAACCGAUCGUCUAUGCCUCAGAGCCCUUCUAUGAGCUUACGGGCUAUUCUCAUAACGAAGUGCUCGGCCGCAACUGUCGCUUCCUGCAAGCCCCUGGCGGCAAUGUCGCCCCUGGCUCGUCGAGAAGAUAUAUCAACCGCGACCUGCUGCGACGCAUGCGCAAGAGCGUCGACAGGAACGUCGAGUUGCAGCUCGAGGUUCCCAAUUUCAGGAAGAACGGCACGCCCUUUGUGAACAUCCUCACCAUGAUUCCGGUUCGCUGGGACAGUGCCGACUUCAACUAUUCGGUGGGACUUCAGUGUGCCAGAGACUAG